GCUGAAUUAAUCUCAUGGGUGGCGGCAAUGGAAAAGAAACCUGCCAUGAGUAACUACUUAAGGGGAAAAAACGAAAUUAGGAAAGAAACCAUUUAUGAUAACUCAAAGGGAAGCUCAUUACUUUUCGAAGCGAGAUCGGGAUGCCUUAGAACACGCACCUAUAAAGCGAGAUAUAAGAAUGAAGAAGAAACAUGUGCUUGCUGCGGUAAAGCUAGGGAAACGACGGAACAUAUUUUAUUAGAAUGUGAGGACGUCUACCCAGCGGUCGAUUUAGGCACCACUGGCCUCCUUGAAGCCCUUGGGUUCAGCGGGAGCAGUGGUAAAGCAAACAGGUCCGCAAUAGACAUCAGUAAGAGGCGAUUGGAGGAUUGGUGGAAGAAAAGUAGGGAAACGACAAAAGACGGAGACGUACAAAAGCACAGUUCGCAAUAGGGUAUCAGAAAAUUUGGACGUGGUAGUUCAUAGUGGUUUUUUUUUUUUUUUUUUUUUUUCAUUGGUGAACAUAGGUAGGAUAUUAGGCAGCAUAGUAGUAAGAGCUUGGUGGCGCAAGCCACCGCCCCGUUCCAAAGGGGACGCUCAUAACAUCCAUCCAUCCAUCCAUCCAUUCGAGCUUUGUAUUGAUUAUACGAAGUGGCAACUAGCUCUAGGACGCAGCGCCUGUGGCGUGUGCUGCUAGGCCGGUAAGCGCCCACGUGUUUCUGUUUACUGCUUGGUUAACUUCUCGUCUGUGACAAACCGGUCUAUAUGUUAUCGCCUUCAACCUUGUCGACGUUGUGUCGUUCCUAAAAUGCCAAACCGGAGAACGACAUGUUCGAUCGUCCGUCACAUGCGGCAACUUUCCGACGACGCGCGCUGAUUGACAAGAGUUGAUCCGGAGUCCUCCGCCGGGAUUGGCGCGUCAUCCUGAUAAUCCUGCUUAUUUGCAUAGCUAAGUCGGAGGCACCAUGGCUCUUGCAAACACGUUGCUGUACGCGCUCACGAAUAAUAGCGUAAGCCGGAGCAUCGAUCUGGUCCAACUUGCACUACGUUCCCCUGUCUACAUACCUCAAAAACGAGAAAUCAUUGUCUCGUGGAUCUGUCGAACUGUUGAGAAUCGACAAAGCUCGAAGCUGACAAGCAAUGAAGCUGGCACUCUUUGGAACAUACUUCGGUCGUUGGUCAACGAUAUGCAGCCCCUUGAGGUUGCUUUGGUUCUACAAGAUUCGUUUCUACAGGCAAUGCAGAAGGAACUUGAGCAGCUUGCAAGGACUGAUUAUGCAGAGUGCCUGCUGGAAACAAUGACUGCUCUCAUUCAGAAAGCACCACAAAGCACACUGGCCCUGAAGCUUCCAGUUUUGGUGAAGCUCCUAUCUGUAACAUUGAGGCAGUGUCGGCUGUGCACAAAGAGUACGGAAUUGCUUGAUCAUUUAUGCCUCACAGCUUCUGCUUUAAUGGAGGUUGUCUUAUCGUCAUGGUACCAGCACCCAUGCAGUAUACAGGAGUCAUUUGGUCAUCUGAAACCGUUGCUCAACAACAUGAUGUACAUUUUGCACUUCAAGAAAGCAGCAGCAUCAGAGGCUGUGCAGAAGGUGCACAAAACGAUCAAAAAAUUUGUGCACGCCUGCUUCUUCCUCAGGAACAACAUCACUGCCUGGCUGACAGCCCUGUAUGAGUAUCUCCGGAUAGAUGGUUGGAAUGCCAUGGUUCCUCUUAGCAAGGAACAAAAAGAUGAAUUCAAAAAGGGCAAGGUCGAAACAGAAGAUGAACCGGAAGAUGAAGAUGCAAAUGUGGACGAAAAGAUGGUGGAAGUGCUGCAGUCUGAGCCACAUCGACAAGCAGGGCCACGGAGGGGUGAUGAAUACUUGCUGGAACAGCUCAUGCAGUUUUUCAGUGAAGUACUAAACGAGGAGGCAUCAUCAAAGACACCUCUCGCAAACUACCUUCCUGAGUUCUUUGCCGUGUUCCUCGAGGGCCUCAUUGCUUACAACAAAACUGAAGACCUGCAGUCUAACACUGUACUGUUGGCUUACUUCGCCUACCAUCUUGGUGUUGAAUGCACUGCCUUUGGUGGAACAGUGCCUAUGGACGUGGUGCUGAGCAGAGAGCAACGGCUGUACUACCUUAACCAACUCCUGACAGUGUACCAGGCCACUGAACAAUACUGCCUGGUGGUAGUGAUGCCCCAGUUCAAGCGCAGUCUGUUCAAGCCACGCCGCUGGUUCGGUGAGCUCGCUGCCAAGUUACAGCCCCUGGAGUACAAGAACGCUGCGUGGUUCAAGUGCCUGGGGACCAUAAUGCAGAUUGCACCAAAUCUCGUGGAAGGCAGCAUGAUCAAAACCCUGCAAAAGUGCUGGGAAGUUUGUGGACUGAAUCAACCAGGCCUCCUAAAAGCAAGGAACCUGCUUCUAGAGAGCAUCCUAGCCACCUACACUGAGCUAUUCCGAGUGCCAAAGCUCAUUCGGAAUAUUUUCUCAUCGUUCACGAACCUGAGCACCCGGCUAUCACAGACAAGCAUUCCAGUGUCGUUCCUGCAGAAGUUUGCUGCAUGCUGUGUUAACCUUCCUCCUGGCCAAUUGACGGAGACAUGGCAGUUUCUUGUCAACCAACUCAGCUACUGGACAUCAGAAAACACCACUGGAAACACAUCUGAAGAUGAAGUGCCUAAAAAACCAGAGAACCAUCUCCCCAAGAUCCUCGUUGUUACAGAAAUCUUCCGCACAUUUGCUCAUCACAUCCAAGUGGUCAACCCAACUACACCGCCCUUGUACGUAACAAAGGUCUGUGAACUGAUGCAAGCCACCCGUGAGCUCGCCACACAGAUGAUGGACCUGAGUAUCAAGAAGCAAAGUAAUCAACAUGCCCGUUGUGCACUCUCUGUGUUUCACCUAUGGGGAGAGCUGCAUCUUGUCCUCUACCUGUACCGGAGGAGUUAUGGUGAAGAAUACAUGGCUCCUGAGCUCACAGCACCACUGGAGGCAGACGACCUUUCUUUCCUUCAUCCCUCUCUCACAGCUGAUAAGAUGGAGUCUCUGCUGGCCAUGAUGAGAAAGGACAAGACAAAGCUCAUCUGUCACCACCUUAUGCUGCUAUGGAUUCAAAAGAUAAGAGCUCUUGUUCUUUUCACUGAAAUCACCAAUGAACAUCUUCAAGCUAGUUUGCAAGCUACAGCUAAGUUGGUUUUCUCCCAUGUGGACAUGACUGUGAGCACUUCGGCCUGGUCACAAAGGGUUUGUGAAAUUUCAGAAAGCCGUUUUCCAGUGGUGUCAUUGCACACAUUGCUGGUGAACUUCCCCCUACUAUCCCCUUACUUGCCAGCAAAGAAUGUCACAGCACUCUGUCAAUUCUUCUUGGAAGUGAUGGCACAUAAGAAAGGCAAUGAUUCGGUUGACAGCAAUAAGAAAGUCCUCACUCAGGCAAAAAUUAUCACCACCUACCUUGGAAGCCAGGCAUUCAUCGAGUGCAAAUUGGCUCAGACAUGCUACGUCACAGCUCUGUGGGGACAUGUUUCCACGAUGUUCAAGGCUAGCAAAAGGAAGCUUGACUCUGAAGAAGACCCCACAGGCAUGUGUCGUGCGCUCACAGGCACCCUUUCAGGACCAGUGAAGUGGGAAAAGUAUGCGGAGACUGUUCCACAGGCUGACUACAGCUCAAAAGAGCUGCUUUCUUCUGAAGGCCUCAACAAAAUGUGGGCUGCCAUUCAUGCUGCUUCUGAAAGGUUGGCAGCCAUCAUAGCCACUAAUUCAGAGAAAUUCACCGAGAGAAUCGAUGUGGAAGACGUCUCAUUUUUGUUGGAGGCCUUGGAUCACCUUCCUCUGGGUAGCCUUUUCCCAGGAAACCAGUUGAGGUGUAUGCUUGGCCUUCUGGCUGUGAUCUUUCUUCUUGAGGGUACAACGGUGAAGAAAAGUGGCCCCCUCUGGGAAAAGAGACUGGCAGCUGUGAAGUGCGCGGUGGGCACCUUCUGCGCACUGCUGCAGAGCCCCAGGAGGUCCUGGCUUCUCGACUUUGUCUGCGGAGGAGCCCUCAUAAGCCGGCUAGUUGCAGCCUUCCAGGGCAACCUGUCUCAGGCUCUGGAGGACAAGUCCAUGCUGCAGCUGUACGAGGGCAUACUUGACGCGUUAGUGCGCCAAGCAUUACGGAAGAAGAACACAGUCAGGAUGUUAAAUUCUGUCGUGAAAGAAGUUAAAGAAGUCAUUUCAGCCACAGAGGGUGUUCUUUUAAAAGCGCACACCAGUGCCGCACUGGUUCUUUUCAAGGAGUUGGUGCUGGAGUUGCGCAGAAAGCCUCACGAAGAUGUCAAAAGUCACAUCCAGAAGAUGGCCCAUAAAAUGUCGGAAGGUAUUGCGUCCUGGUUGCAACGACUUCUUGGGUGUAGGCAGCCAUCGGCAGAGAUGAGAAGACACAUCUACACCAUUGGCCUCUUGCAGGCCCAGUACACAUUCUGUUCCCACAGACUGUCCACUGACGAGGAGGUCAGUGACGACUCGUGCAGCGAGGAUACGCUGGCUGCUCUAUCGAUGGCCACAGCAGAACUACAAGAAUCGAAGGCGAGUGAAGUUGCUGACACCCUGGUCGAAGUCAUGGCCCGGGUAGCUCACUUCAGGUCAAGGUCUCCAAAGCUGCUGUCGGCUACUUUUUCAGCACUGGGAAAGGGGAUCUACACCCAACUUGCACUAAGUGCGGCCACUCAGCGAGUGGAGGCAGCCAGUGGCACUGUUUCUUUGACGCUGGAGAACUGCAUUGCGGACAAGCAUUACAAGCUCAUGGAGAUGUUCUUCCAGUCCUGCACAUUGGAAGAAUUGAAAGAUAUCCUUGGAGACCUUGUUUCAACUAUAAUGAAGGACGACGUGCAGUCAGUUUCCAUGAAAGUGCACCUUCAAGUACUCCAGCUUGUUUGCUCGUGUGUGGACAACCAGAAGCAAGAUGGAACCGCAAAAGACAUCAUGUCCAUAAUUCACAAGAUUAUCGAGUACUUCGCUGUCAUCCUGAGUAUAUAUGACAUUUCCGAACACCCAGAGGUUGUUGUAUAUGUUCUCAAGUUUUUUUCAACGCUGUUGACUAUGAGAAGAGUUGUUCUCUCCCAUCGAGGUGGUGUGGUGAUCCUGCAGUCCCUGAGCAGCCUCAACCUUCUGCAUCUGUGGGGCAGAAGCCAGGAACAUUUCUGCCAGUCUGUUAUGGCUGCUUCUAGGCUGCUGAGCAUCUUUCUCAGCAAGAGGAUAGUGAUGGUUGUCGGUUGCACAGUGGCCUACCAAAGCUGCAUUUCCCAUCUUCUCAAGAGCGUCAUCAAAGUGGGUGGAUCUGAGCACUUGAAAAGUGACCCAGUUGUGGCCUAUCAGCUGCACAUGUGUGCCCUUUCCUUGGAAAGAUUGGUUGGCGAGAUAGCCUCACACAAGAAGGAGUUUUCUAAAAUGGGUGGAUUUCUCAUAUCGGACUAUAUCUUGGAGUCAAUAAACACCGUUUUGCACCCUCCAGUAAAGAAGACACUUCAGUUCUUGGUCUACAAGUUGUUUGGGCUUGCAGAUGAGCACAGAAGAGCCAUGGUUCAUGCAACUCUGCCUAAGGAAGGAACAGAAGUGUUCAAGACCCUUUUUGCAGACUCUCAGAGGCUGCGUUUUAAGGGCAAAGUUUAGGGUGUUUGUAGUAAAUAUGCCUAGUGUUCACAA